ACUGACACACAAUUCGAUCAGACGAACGUAGAAAUUUGUAUCGGACAGUCGAUUCGAGUUUUAAGAUUCGAUUUUAUUUGAUAAUAGUGAAAGUUUGUUACAGUAGUUAUUCAGUGACAGUGCACUGGUAUAAAGAUGAAUAACAAGAAAAAUAAAGGUAAAAGUCGCGGUAAAACAGCUACCAAAACAACUCAGGAAGAAAAUAUGGAUAAUAUUGAAGUUCCUAUGCUAGAGACUUUAAAUACAGAUGAAACGAGAGUGCCAGAAAUAGUAACUGAAUCAAUCAACAUCGUAGAAAAUGAUCAAUCGAUGGCUGAUGUUCCUAAGAAACCCAAACGAAGUAAAAAUAGUAAGAAAAAAGAACAUUUAUUAGAUAUAAAAACUAAGGAAGAAAAUGUUGAAAUAAAAGAGACCAAAGACGUAUCGGAAAAUAUUGAGAAUGCGACAGAAAAUAUUCCGAUAUCAGCUUGUGUUCGAAAAAAGAAAAAAAAAACUAAAAAACAGGAUGAAAAUUUAAAAGGAAAUUUAGAUAGUCAUGCUCAGGUGGUUGCUUUGAAAUAUGAAGGCAAAGAAUCUGAAAAAGAAACUGGUGUAACAUUCGAAACAGAUGAACGUGAUCCGAUUUGUAUCCAAAUAUUGCCUGAAAACAUUGAUGUUGCCCACAAAGAGGAUGCACUUAGUAAGAAGAAAAAAAAGAAGAAACAUUGCCAUGAUUCAGAUAAAUCUGCUAAUCACGACCCUUGUACAAUGGCUUUUCAAAAACUAAUUGUACCUUUAGGCACUGCAAAUGAAACUGAUAAUAACAAUAGUACAGAAAUACAGCAAAUAAUGGCUGACACGAAAGAGUGCACUGAGUUGAUACCACUCAUAAACCCGGAUCAGGUUUCCGAGGAAACAAAAUCCGCAGAAUCAACAAUUAAAAAAAAGAAUAAAAAAGGUAAGAAGAAUCCAUCUCAAAAUCGUAUCGACGUGGAAAGAUGUGAGGAAGCCACUGCAGAUAAAAAUAUAAGAACUGUUUCUAAGGAGGAUAUAACCUGCUUAGAAAAUUCUGAAAAUAAAACAGUUAUCGAAGAAACAAUAGCAAAACCUAAAGCCAAAAUUGUUAAACCUGUUCAAAAAAAACUUCGGAAUAAGUCAGAAUGUGAGUCAGUAAAAACUUCAUCUGACCAAAAUUUUGAAAUCGAUACCAGUGGAGAUAUUGAAAAACAGGUUUUGAACACAGAUGGACUAAUAGAGAAAACAAAUACCGUCGAAAACAAAUAUCAUCCAGAUAAUGCUGUUUCAAUAGAUAUUAUUACAGCUUCACCUACUCCAGAGAUAUUUAAAAGUGAUGAUAAUGAUAAUAAGGUUGUUGAAAUUGGUCAGAGCCAAUUAAUGAAACAAGAAAUAGAAAAUGAAUCUAAAGAUUCAAGUGAGAUGACAAACAUGUCUGAAAAUAAAAAGAAACCAGAAACAUCAUCUACGAAUUCAGAUGAUUUAGGGUUUGUUGAAGUCAAGACAGGUAAAGGUAAGAAAAAACGAAACAAAAGUGUAUUUACGCCAGAUCUAGGCGAAACGAUUGAGAUAAAUGCACUUGACAAUGAAAAAGAUGAACAAAAUUUGGACUUAAAAUGUACAAAAAAAUCUAUUGGAGUAAAGUCUGAAGAUCCAGAAGCACACACAAUUAUCAUCCCAGAUUUGAUUGAAUAUCCACGAUCUACGAGCCAACAACAUAUCGACAGUAAUAAUAACACAUAUAUUCAAGAGAUACCAUCAACAGAAGAAGUCAAAUUAGAUAUUCCUGUCUAUACUUCAACACCAAUUAUACAAGGAUCGGGAGAGUCACCAGAAACAAAAUUGAUUAAUCUCGACAUCAUAACAGAAAUUGAUGUACAACCUAGCAGUAUUAAAGAAAAUAUUAUAUUACAAUCUGCAGAAAAGCAAACUUCUGAAAAUAUUGAUAUUAAAUCCAAAAUGUAUGAGGUGAAUCGAGAUAUGGAAGAGUUGAAACGUUCAAUUGAAAGAUCCUUAGCUGAGUUAACUGCUACUGAAAAAAGUGGUACCGAAGUUGAUAAAGAAUUUGAAGAAUUAUUUCAAAGUCAGACUGUAAAACCACCACAAAUUGAUAAAAAUAAAAAUGACGAUCUUGAAAGUUCUUUUAACGAUUGUGAGAAAAAAAAUGACAUUGAAAUGGCUGAAAAUAGUGAAAAGACUGACGAAUUAAACAAAAAUCUCGAGCUUAAAGAAAUUGAAAAGGUUAAAACUGAUGAUAAGAAUGUUGAUCUGAUUAAUAAUCCAUUAUCAGUAGAAACUUUAAAUGCUUCUUUAAUAAGUGACAAUAGUGAAACUAAAUCUGCUGCUGUUAUACAACAAGUUGCACCAGUUUGCCCAGCACGACGAGAUAAAGGUAAAAAUAAAUCCAAAAAGAAAGGGAAAAAAGAAGCCUUAACUACUAACUCUGGUACAAAUACAUCCUACGCAACUUCAACUUCAAGAACUCAAACAACAAGUGUCGAAAAAGAAGCUAACCAAAAGUCAGAAACCACUCAAGAAAAAGAAAAGCAGCAAACAUCUGGUGGUGAAAAAGACACAGAACAUUCUCAUAAUGACAUGUCUUUUGAACCUAUAGAAAAUUUUGAAGAUGCUUUAACUUCUAGUGUUGAUGAUAUUAACCAAACUUUUGAAAUAAUAGUUAAAGAUGCUACUCAGUCUUUGAAUUCAUCACAAUAUCAGAACAAUCCUAAAAUAAACAUAAUUUCACCAACAGAAGAUAGCGAAGGAGAAGAAAAACAAGACAAAAAUGAAUCAAAAGAUAAACAAAACCCCAUUUCACGUCCAAAAAACUUAUUAGGCUCCCCAAAUAUUCCUGCAUCAUCGAAUAAAACAGAUUUUAAAAAGGAAAAAAGUAAGCCACCUAAUUCAAUACAAGCUAAAGUAAAGAUUAAAGAUUCAGUUGAAAUUGAACAGGCUGCGAAUAAGAAAUCACUGUUUGAUCAAAAAAAAUUAAUAAAAGAAUCGAAUAGAGAUGAUACAACUUACCUGAUGAAAACAAAUGAAGAUUUAAUCUAUAAAUACAGUUUUCGUAAGGUAUUUCUUCAGAACACAUGUCAUGUAUGUAAAAAGGAUUUGGUUCAUAGGGUGCCUUGUAAAUUUUGCUCUUUAGUGUUUUACUGCAGCCAAAAACAUAAAGAUGAAGAUUGGUCACAGCAUCAAUCGCUAUGCUUUGCAGUGUGUACUAUAGCACAUUUAAAAGAACAAAAACAUAUCUACGCGGGUAGCCAAAACAUUUUGGGUCAUAACUAUCGCGUAUUAAGAAUGCAAACUAUACUAUCCUGUGAGAAGAUUUUAAACAGGAAGUUGGUGCCUUGGGAACAAGAAGCGCUUCUGUACCCUAGACUAUGUUCUGAUGUGAAAUGUAGACAAUGGAAACAGGGACAGUUGAAGGAUUGUACGGGAUGCGGUCAAUUAUCUUACUGUAUCGAUUAUCCGGAGCAUUUGCCGCCGUCGCAUCAGCGCUGGUGUAAGUCAUAUGCACUGUAUCAGAGGCUGGUGAAUUAUCAACUGACGAAGGGUCGGCUGGAACCACUACUUCCCACGAAGGUCUUGAACCAUUACCAACUGCCAGGGAAGAUAAAUGACGUUUUGGGAUCAAUCUAUGAAGAGAAAAUAGAUAUGGAUGACAUCCAAUACGCAGCUUUAACACAAAUCGCAACCGCUCCGUUGACCGCAGCAUACAGCUAUCAAAUCCAUUACAGCAAGAUGAACUCUAUAUGCGCCAAUGGGAUAAAAAAGAAUUCAGUCUUCACAAUCCACAUAGUCGGCGCUGAGCUUCCGUUCGAAGCAGAUUCUCUCAACAAAUGGGAGACAUUCUUUUUGCAUCUGCGGUCAGAUGUAAAAGACCUGAGGGUGGUGAUGGUGGGUCCGGAUAUAAACUCCUCUAAGCUGCCGCUGGAUUUGCUCGCGAAUGUCAAGUUAUGUGAAAACUGUCAAACGAACAAACGACGUGUGUUAUUUGAUUUUUAUGAUAAUGAAAAUUACCACGACUAUUACUCGAGUGAUGACUUCGUUACACCUGAUAUAGUUUGUGCUUUCAACCAAAAUAUACAUAGAGCAUUCGCAUAUGACAUAGAGACAUGGCCAUCUACAAUAAACAGCAUUUUAAAACAACGAGUCCCGUUUGUUCUUACUUCCUACUCGAUUGAAGAGUUGAGGAGAGAUCUGGGAAAAGUAAGAGAAUGCGCAAGAGUUGAUUUUAAUGUAGUUUCCGAAAUAAAAUAUAAUCCAUUCAGUAGUGUGAGACCAGAUAGAAACUUUAUUACUGACCAUGAAAUACCUUUACUAUUCAAAAAUUAUUGUUUUUGUAUCAUCUGUGGGACCCUUUGAGUUUAACGAUUGUAUCAGAUUUGUUUAGGUUUUGUUACUUUGUCAUAUUAAUGUGAAUUAGAAUAAAAUAUUAUAACACGUUUAU